AUGGGAGACUCUCCUCGACUCGAUCGUAUCCAUACAUUCGACUGUUGUCCGACGAAGACAGACGUAUUAUGUUUAUCCCUAGACAUCUCAGACAAACAAAACAAAUCAGCGUCACCGAAGAUCGUCUGUUCGUUAUCCAACGGCCAAGUCGUCCUUCUCUCCCAACAUUCCUCCUCUCAUUCUUCUGCUGGAUUGGUCGAAGAACGUAGAUGGGACGCUCAUCUGUAUGAGCCCUGGACUUGCGCGUUCGAUUAUUGGCAGCCUGAGACUGUCUUCACCGGUGGAGAUGAUUGUCAAUUGAAAGUCUGGGACACUCGUGAUACUCUCCAUCGACCAGUACUCGUUAACAAACAAUUCGAUGGCGGAGUGACGGCUAUUAGGAGUGACCAUCUAAGAGAUCAUAUGGUUGCUGUUGGAAGCUAUGAUUCGCGAUUAAGGAUUUUCGAUAAUCGGAAUAUGUCGAGGCCGAUUCUAGAGGAAGAUUGUGGAGGCGGGAUAUGGCGAAUAAAGUGGGACGACCGAGUAACGGGUCGAUUACUAUUAGCGACGAUGCACGGUGGAUUCCGCGUGCUGCAGAUUUCUGAACAUCAACCCAAAGUCGGGGUCGAGGAAGACAGUCCAAGACUCUCAGCUUCAGUGGCAUCUUCUUUCACUCAUCGGUCGGGACUCGCUUAUGGCGCCGAUUGGACUCCCUUAUUGGAUCAUAAUCAUGGCGUUGUUCCCCAGGACUCGGAGCAGUUCAGUCCUUCGACGCAGCUUAUUGGUGGUUGCUCUUUCUAUGAUCGUGCUCUUCAUUUUUGGACGCUUGAUUCACACACCUACAUAUGA